UGGCGGCAGCGUUGUGACGUUGGUUUUGAUGUCUGCUAUGUUUGUUUGCAGUAGUUCCCAGUUUGUAGGCGAGUUCUUUCCCACCUAGAUCGGCUUGUCGCCGUUGUGUUAGCUUUCUUCGCACAGAAAGAAGUCCUUGCACCGGAAAAGUCGUUGGUCUAGUGGUUGAUAGAGAGCACUCGGCCGAUAUGCGCCGCCGAUUUUACUUCCUAGUGGCCGCCCAACGUUAGUGACGCAUCACACGCUAACAUGGAAAGCGCCAAGCACGACCACGCCGAUCCUUCGACGAGCAUGGACUGCCAGAGCGAUGAGUGCCCGAAAGAAGGCAGCCCCGUAAAGCUUAAUGGAGUCAGGAAGGCGGGUCCAUACUUGCUCGGUCCAAAGUUGGGAUCGUCUCCGGUGUGCAGCAUUACGCAGUGCUUGGCCAAGAAGGAAGGCACUGAUGAUUUUUACACCAUUAAGGUUCUCAUCAUUCGAAGCCCCGAGGAAGAGACCCAGGAGGAUCGCCAAGGCAAAAUGCUACUGCACACAGAGUAUUCGCUGCUUUCCAUGCUUCACGAUCAAGACGGAGUUGUACACCACCAUGGAAUAUUUAAGGAUCGUGCUUGGGAGAUGCGCGAGACUGCAGACGGUCUGGUGUACACGGGGCGGCAGCAGCAGCGCCUGUGCCUUGUGCUCGACUGCCUGUGCAGGCAUGACUUUGGCACGGAUACGGCUGACCUGGUCAACCUGCAGCACUAUGUCAUACGUGAGAAACGCCUGCAGGAGCGAGAGGCCCUCUUCAUCUUCCAGGAUAUUGUGCGCAUUGUCUCAGCUCUUCACAAGCUGAACAUAGUGCACCGAGACCUCAAGCUGGGCAACAUGGUUUUUGACAAGCGGAAACGGAAGGUCACAAUCACAAACUUUUGCCUGGGCAAGCACCUGAUCAACGAAAAUGACCUUCUCAAGGACCAACGUGGAAGUCCCGCCUACAUCAGCCCUGACGUGCUCAGUGGAAAGCCCUACCUGGGCAAGCCGAGUGACAUGUGGGCGCUGGGUGUGGUGCUGUUCACCAUGCUUUACGGGCAGUUCCCCUUCUACGACUCCAACCCGCAGGAACUGUUUAGGAAGAUUAAGGCUGCUGAAUUCACCCUGCCCAAGGAAUCCCCUCUUUCGGAGAACACGCGGAUGGUCAUUCACAAGCUGCUCGUUCUGAACCCCAAGCAAAGGAUGAAGGCCGACGAGGUGCUAGAGUCCAUCGCAAGCACGUUGGCCAUGUGGAAUUCUCUGGCCGCUAGUGGAAAGCCCCUCCAAGUUGUGCCCGACGUUGAUGAUGACGACGCAUGCGGUGAAGAUGCCGAGGCACGCAAGAGCCAAGAGCAGUCUGCCUCGGGAACGACGGCAACGGCUGCAUCCUCUUCUUUCGCCUCUAACCUGGCGGAGCUGCAGCAUCCGUCGGGGAGCAACGUUGGGGACUUCAUCUUUGGCACCCGCCUCGGCAUCGGAUACGCGCCACACACUCGCAAGCCACCCGUUGUCGGUCCCGUCCCCAAGAGGAGGCAGCCCGGCGUGCUGUCCAUACAGCGAGUGCACGAGGACGCCCGGCCUCUGACCGCCAUCGAGAGCAUGCACUACCAGAACAUGCUGCGCCACACCGCGUCCUCCUCCGGUUCUUCAUCGUCUUGAUGCCAGCACUGAUGGUGGUGCAAGAAAUGUUCAAUCUCGGCACAACACCUCGUCAGCAAAGCUUGGAAGAAUGACCCACAGCUGGGUCCGUAUGUCAAAACCUGGUGGCAUCUACUGCAAAUGAUGGGACUGAAUACGCAGGACAGAGAUGCAGUGCAAGCUACAUGACCACCUAAGUUGUUUGCUUGUUGCACUUUCACACUUGUUUGUAUUAUCACCGUUGUUCCCCGCUUCUGCGUUAACCCACUGCUUGUGCAGCCAAGCCUCAUUACAACGAAAUCGCAUCCGACAUGAAAAUACCUUUGUGAUUUCCUAUAUUCAUUAUAAGCAUAUGUUCGUUGCAUGGGGAUAUCGGCAAGAAAGACGUUACAUUUA